AAGAAGAAGAAGAGCAAGUACUACUAUAUUCCUGAUAAUUUCUCAUCCCUUGAUCAGGUCACUAUAGCCCUGAGAGAAUCAGGAUUGGAGUCGUCAAAUUUAAUUAUCGGGAUAGAUUUCACGAAAAGUAAUGAAUGGACAGGUAAAGUUUCAUUCAACAACAGGAGCUUGCAUGCAAUAGGCGAUUCACUCAAUCCAUAUGAGAAAGCCAUAUCUAUCAUUGGAAAGACAUUGUCUGCAUUCGAUGAAGACAAUCUAAUUCCUUGUUUCGGGUUUGGUGAUGUGACUACGCAUGAUCAAGACGUGUUUAGUUUUCAUAGUGAUCACUCUCCCUGCCACGGCUUUGAAGAAGUCCUUGCUUGCUACAGGAAAAUAGUUCCAAAUCUGCAAUUAUCUGGGCCGACAUCUUAUGGGCCAGUAGUAGAUGCUGCAGUAGAUAUAGUGGAGAAAACAGGUGGACAAUACCAUGUCUUAGUUAUCAUCGCUGAUGGCCAGGUUACAAGGAGUGUCAAUACCAAUGAUUCAGAACUCAGCCCACAAGAAGAGAAGACAAUUAGUUCUAUCGUCACCGCGAGCAUGUAUCCUCUCUCUAUUGUUCUUGUUGGAGUUGGUGAUGGACCUUGGGAAGACAUGCAAAAAUUUGAUGACCGGAUUCCUGCGCGUGAAUUUGAUAAUUUUCAGUUUGUGAAUUUUACCGGUGUCAUGUCAAAACAUACAACUGAUUCUGCAAAGGAAUCUGCAUUUGCUCUUGCUGCACUUAUGGAGAUUCCUAUCCAAUAUAAAGCAGCUCGAGAACUUGGUCUGCUGGGGAAAAGAACAUCUAAGGCGAAGAAAGUAGUUCCAAGACGACCACCAGUGUCAUACCGUCGCCCUAUGGCAAUCCCAACUCAAGAUCAAAGCAGUCUUUCAGGAUCCGCGCAAGAUGAACAUAGCCAAGUUUGCCCAGUUUGUCUAACUGGUACUAAGGACAUGGCUUUUGGUUGUGGACAUAUGACUUGCAGAGAAUGUGGUCCAAGAUUGUCAGAUUGUCCCAUUUGUCGUCGACGGAUUACUAGUCGCAUCCGGUUAUACACUUAAUAGCAACUUCAGUGACCGAUAUCCGAUGUUUACACCAAACCAUAUCAAGUUGCUAUGGUUGAAUAAUUUAAUAAGGUGAGAAUAUGUGUUAGUUGAUGAUGAUUUAGAGAGAGAAGUCUAUGCGAAAACGCAUGACAUGCAUCUAUUGAUUUGGUAUAAAUAUCGGCUGUGGAUAAGCUUUUACCAAUAGCAUAUAAAUAUGUAUGUAUUUUCUUGUAUAUAAUCCCGUGUUUGACCGAAAAAGACUUACUAUCUAAAUUAAAGUCUUUAAUUUUA